CACUCGCUUUUCCCGACUGGAAACCGGAAAAUCCGACUUCCGAGAGCAACCGGAACGCAGCAGCAAUUUACAAGCCAGCCGCGGUUAUUUGUGCUGAUAAGUAAUUGUACAAAGCGGGUCAGCUGUAUUUGACAAAAUAAAAACGUCAUGGCUCGUCUGGUAGCUGUAUGCAGAGAAAAUGAAGAGGACUACCCCUUUCUUGCCAGACAGAUUCCUCUGUAUAUUGAUGACUCGUUGACGAUGGUGAUGGAGUUUUCUGAUGGUGUCUUGGAUGUUGACAGACAUGUAAUUAGUAGUUCCCAUUGGAAACAGUUCACAGAGGGUCACUCCAAGUUGAAGCAACAGGACUUGACUGUGGCUGUGUCGGUGGUGUCCAGAGAGGUCUGCAGAGCGUUAUCCCAGUUGGUGCCAUGCGUGGGCUGCAGACGCAGUGUGGAGCGCCUAUUCUCCCAUUUAGUGGAAUCUGGGACCCCGGCCUUGGAGCCGCUCGCAUUGAAACCCGCGGGUAUGCUGUCUGUCGCGAAGGCUUGUUUAGCAGACGCAAAGAAGCUAUACAGACUCUUCUACGUCCAAGGGUCGAAGUUGAAUGAUGUAAUUGAUGCCAUUCCCAAAAGUAAAAAGAGCAACCGAUGCCAGUUACACUCCUUGGACACAAACAAACUCAGACCUUUGGGGGGAAGCUGGAUGGAUGUGUGGGAGCGGAUGUCUCAGGAGUGCAGGGAUGAGGUGGUGCUCGUUGAUAGUGCCUGUCUUUUAGAGACCUUGGAGACACACUUGCAGAAACACAGGUUUUGCAAUGACUGUAAGAAUAAAGUCUUGAGGGCAUACAAUAUCCUGGUUGGGGAAGUGGACAGCAGCGAGGAGAAGGACUAUUGCGCUGCCUUGUAUGAGGGAUUGUGCUGCUGCCCUCGUGAGCACCACAUCCACGUGUGCUAUGAGACGGACUUCAUCGCUCAUCUCCUUAGCCGGGCAGAGCCCGAGUUUGCAGGAGCCUACGAGGAGCGACAUGCCAAGACUAUUGACGUUGCGCAGGAAGAAGUCCUGACAUGUUUAGGCAUUCAUCUCUAUGAGCGACUGCAUAGGAUUUGGCAGAAACUUCGAGCAGAGGAGCAGACAUGGCAGAUAUUGUUCCAUGUGGGCAUUGAUGAAUUGCGCAAAAGCUUUGAGACGGCAGUGGAGAAGAUGCAGGGGAUCAGUCGGCUGGAGCAGUUUGUCGAGGAGCUGUCUGAGAAGGAGAGAGCGAAACAGCUCAAGCAGGAGAAAAAAAGGCAAAAGCGGAAAAAUCGACGCAGAAACAGGUGUGGCUUUGAGAUCUCCGAUCGGGAAGCAGAGAUCAAGGAAAAGAGUCAUGAUGAGGGAUCGCUCAAGUCUGAGGAGGGUAGUUGUACUGCCUGCAGGAGCCACGAUGAGGGGGAGAACAUUUCUUCUAAUGCUAGCGCCUCCUCCAGUUGUCCAGACAAACGGGAUUCUACCGGGAGUGAUUAUGGCUACUCCUCAAGCAUCGAGGGCAGUGAGAGUGGAUCACGAGAAGGUUCUGACAUCGCCUGCUCCGAGGGACUCUGCAAUCAUGAUGAAGCAGGCGAGCCCAAUGAACACAACUAUGCUGAAGACAAAGAGGAGGAGGCAACAGACAGCUGUGUCGACUGCUGGACACACUCGGAAGAAAAGCCUCAAUGCAAGAGUAGAAAGAAGAAAAGAAAGGGAAGCGCUUUACGUAAUAAUCAGGGACACAAAGAUGAAAGUCACAGUGUGCCAUCGUCUCAUGUUUGCCAAACCAAAGAUCUAAAUUCCUCCUCAUGCGGUGAGAAGAUGGACAGUUUUGCACAACAGUUACCAUGGGCCGUCCAUGGAAAGAACCUUCUUAGCCUUAAUUCCAAGCCAUCAGAGGCCAACAUCAGUUUAUCGGACCUCCUGGAGGAUUCUGAAGCAAUUUCAGAUGAAGAGAACUGUCUCACCCAAGAUGAAAUUCAGGCAUUUUUAGAAAGAAAUCGGUCGUUCUACAACAACCGUCACAAGUAUCGACAGUUACUGAAGGAGAAAUUCACCAACUACUGCUGCCUGCGCAAGUAACCGAAAGAUGGCAUGUGGCAACUGGUUUGCCACCACCAGUGUGAAUUAAGUGCACUCAUGACAUCUCAAGGAAAACCAAUGCAGAAGAUAGAAUUCUCAAUAAUUUUUUUUUUUUUUUUUUUUGCUGAUUCUCUGUUGUUUUUAAUGAAUGUGUUUCAUCUCAAGUUUGCACUUAAGACGACCUCUGCCUCUAAUUUCCGAACCCAUACCUUGAUUCUCAUUGACCGAGCCCAGCGACUUGGUGGUGCUUGUACGAGGUUUUUGGAUACGAGCACAAGUGGAAACUCAAAUCUACCUUUGUGAGCGGUGACAUGUGUAUUGUGUUACAGGAGGGUUUUGUUGUCUUAAGAUAUGUUCUCUAAGGCUAUACGUCAGCAUGGUGAUUAAGGUUGCACUCUAAAUGUGUACAGCAAUUAAUUCUAAAGAGAUUUUAUGAUGAAUUGAACAUCCAGUGAAAAUUAGGAUUUGGGUGUGACAAAGCGCAGAAUGUGAAAAUGUACGAAAUAAAGUAUUUAUUAAUCUGCA